GAGAAUUAUUAUAGUCUUGGCCUACUUUCUUUCACAAUCUUAUUUGCUUUGCACGCGCAUACAAUUCUCUCAUCCCAAAUUGUAACCUUCAUUGGUAUUUUCUAAGGCCUGGACGCCUGGUACGAUCUUUCUUUGGACUUUCUUACUCAAACCUUCCUGAUCAAUUUGCGGCAUAGACUGAAAGAUUAAUCAUGAUGAAAGUUGCGCUGUCUAUGUGCAAACAAACAGUGUCUUUACUGAACGUACCUUCUGGGGUGCUGAAAUCGAACUUCUUUAGUCCUAGGCAACAAAAAGAGAAGGUUGUGAUCCUAAUGGGAGCAACAGGAACAGGCAAGUCAAGACUCUCCAUUGACCUUGCAACCAGAUUUCCAGCAGAAAUAAUAAAUUCAGAUAAAAUACAAGUACAUGCCGGACUUGACAUAGCCACCAACAAAAUCACUGAGGAAGAACAGUGUGGAAUUCCACACCAUUUGUUAGGUAUAAUAGAUCCCAAUGCAGAUUUUUCGGCAACAAAUUUCAUUGACCUGGCUUCACAUGCCGUGGCUUCAAUUUUGUCUCGCGGCCAGCUUCCAAUUAUAGCUGGAGGCUCAAAUUCAUACAUUGAGGCCUUAGUUGAUGACAAAGACUUUAGAUUCCGAUCAAAAUACCAAUGCUGUUUCCUUUGGGUCGAUGUAGCAAUGCCAGUACUCCAUCAGUAUGUAUCAGAACGAGUAGAUAAGAUGGUUGAAAAUGGCAUGGUUAACGAGGUAAGGAAUUUUUUUGAUUCCAAUGCAAAUUAUGCACGGGGGAUUAGGAAAGCCAUUGGAGUUCCUGAACUCGAUCGGUACUUCAGAGCUGAACCAUUUUUGGAUAAACAACACCGUGCUAAACUGCUGCGAGAAGCAAUACAAGAAAUCAAAAGAAAUACAUGCAAAUUAGCUUGUCGCCAAUUGGGGAAGAUUCACCGCCUGAGGAAUAAGAAGAAUUGGAAGAUACACAGGCUCGAUGCCACUGAAGUUUUCUGCAGGCGUGGCGAAAAUGCUGAUGAGGCAUGGGAAGAGCUUGUAGCUGGUCCAAGUACAGAGAUAGUGGCAGAAUUUCUAUACAAUAUCAGCUCUGAGGCCCUGCUCGCUAAACCUGCCAGUAGAGUGUCUUGUGGCAUAAUGCUGUAAAAUCACAUCUGACCAGGAAAAACUAGUGAAGUAAUAAUACAUUUCAAUGUUAAAUAAAAUAAUGGAUAUAUGCUACUUAAUGGAAGUCACUUUUGGAAAAAAAGAUACUCCGAUUUCAUGGCCCCCGCCAAUUUAAUGAUAUGAAAGCAUUUUUUUCCUUUUUAGUGUCACAUCAGUUGAAACUUGAGAUGCCAUUUUUUUUCCUCAUAUUCUUGUAUCGGAAAGCACUGUUAGGACACCUUUAUCUUGCCAUUUUAACUGCAAAAAUACAAAUCAAGUGGUGCAACUGUUUAAACUUGUUACUGGGAUUUUGAAUUGUACUGCAGAUUUUAGGAGAAAAGACCCAUGCAAAUGUAAGUUAUUUUGUUUUUAUUUUCAUUUGGCAAGACAUGUUAAUGCA